AUGCGUUCUCUCCUUGGAGACAUGCAUGUUGACGAUAAAUUUGUCAAGGAGAUGUUCCUAGAGCGUCUGCCCUCAGAUGUUCAAACUAUCCUGGCGCCCGGUUCUCAAGAUCUCACGGUCUCACAGUUGGCUGAGAUGGAGGAUCGAGUGAUGGAUGUGCAGCGGUUCCAGUCACCGUUCGUUGCUCAGAUCUCCACACCCUCAUCGAUGGUGAGUGAACAGUUAAUGAAGCAUGUGUCGGCCAUGGCGGAUGAGAUGACCUCCCUCAAACUACAGCUCGCACGCAGCCGUCGUCUUUCUCGUUCGCGACCUCGGGCUGCCGAUACCUGUUGGUAUCACAUUAAUUUCGGCGUAAAAGCCCGUCGCUGUUCCUCAACCUGCUCUUUUAAGCCGAAAUAGGGAAACCAGUCAGUCAGAGAACAGAUGCGACCGUUUACUCUGCUCUUCCGAAUCUGGUCGCACCUUCUAUGUUUGCGACACUGCGACUCGCAGACGUUUCCUGGUGGACCCUGGAGUCCAAAUAAGCGUUGUUCCCCCAACUACAGCUGAUCGUCGUUUCCCCAGUCCUGAUCCUCACCUCCAAGUUGCCAACUGUUCCCCCAUUUCCACUUUUGUCAGUCUGUCCCUCACCCUUAACAUUGGCCUUCGUUGGUUGUUUACCUUGAUCUCCGUGAUUGCUGAUGUCCCUCAUGCAAUCGUCGGCUCGGACUUUCUUGCCGAGUUCGAUCUCUUUGUUGACUGUCGACGUGCCUGUCUGCUCGACCACACAACCGGUCCGUUUGUUCGUGGACUUACUCCCUUUACUCCCCCCACACUUCUUAUCUGUCCUGGAUACAGAUAUUGGUAGCCCCUUUCGGCAACUGAUUCUUAGACACCCCAACAUGAUCAACCGCUAAUUUCGCAGUGGUGAGGUCCAACAUGAUCUUGUGCACCAUAUACACACCCCAGGUCCUUCUGUGUUUACUCGUCCGAGGCGCCUAGCACCGGAGCGUUUCCAGGCCGCGAAGGCGGGGUUUGAACACAUGCUGCAACUGAGAAUAAUUCUCCCGUCCGAGAACCCUUGGGCGUCCCCACUGUAAAUGGUGCCCAAGGCGACAUCAGGUGACUGGGGACACUGUGGCGACUAUCGUGUCCUCAAUAGCGUCAGCAUUCCUGAUCGGCAAAGCGGUUUCUUCGAAGACUGAUCUGGUGCGUGCUUUUCAUCAGAUACCAGUCGCCACUGACGACGUCCCUAAAACCGCUGUCACCACACCCUUCGGUCUCUUCGAGUUCGUCUGCGUGCCGUUCGGUCUUCGUAAUGCCGCCCAAACGUUCAAGAGGUUCGUAGAACAUAUCUUACGUGGCCUACCCUUUGUGUAAGCCUAAAUUGAUGACCUCUUGGUGGCCAGCCGGAAUGAGGAAGAACACAAAGAGCAUCUUGCCUUGAUGUUUGACCGUCUUGACAAGUUUGGCGUUGUCAUCAACCCCUCCAAGUGCAUGUUGGGUGGGCAUUCGCUCGAGUUCCUCGGCCAUCAGGCUGACUAUGAAGGUUUGCGUCCCCUUCCGUUCAAGGUUGAAGCAGUUCGUGAUUUCGCUUCACCAACUUCCAAGCACCAGUUGCAGCCAGUCCUCGGCAUGGUAAAUUUUUACCGCCGGUUCCUACCGAACUAUUCUGACCUCAUGAUGUCGCUUACCAACAUGCUUUUUGGUCCCAAAGGUCCCCUCGAGCUGACUGGUGAAGCACUGACUGCUUUUGAGAGAAUCAAGAAUUCCCUUGCCGACGCCACCUUACUCACGCAUCCCGCUCCCGAAUCUCAGCUGUCCCUGAUGGUAGAUGCUUCGCCUGUAGCCGUAGGUGCAGUCCUUCAACAACAUCUUGCUGGUUCGACUCGACCACUUGCCUAA